AUCCCCAGAUACCGCCCACGUCUUUCCUCCACCCGGAGUAUAAAAUCCUCACUCCAUUCCCUUGCAUUGUUCUCUCUCUAGUCUGUAGCUCGGUUCCUCUCUCUUUCGUUCGCCGCCCAAAUAUCCGCAAAGCUGGUCAGAGCUAUUGACUACAGUGGGAGAGAAUUGUGGAGACGGAAGAAACAAAAGGGCGGCGAAUAAUCUCUCACUUGGGUUGGCCUAUAAGUGGAGGUGGAGCCGAGCGUGGAGAACGAGGAAGCGGAGCCUUUCUCGAAUCCACCAUGCGUUGAAGUUUUAUUGAAAGCCCGUGAGGUAUUCGAUCGAACGCUUUCAACGAUCCCUAAAUGCUAGGCGCUCUAUCUUUUUCUUUCUGUCAGGUGCUUACUAUGGUGCCGGCGAACAACUGGAUCUCGUUCUCCUACGCUCCCAUGGAAAUGCUCCUGCGUCCUUGUAGCUACGAUCAGAUCGGUCACUUCCAGUUCUUGCUCCAGGCGCCGAAGCUCGAGGACGUGCUCGGCGGGCAGCGAUCGUCUCCGACGGGCCCGUGCUCCGACACCCCGACCGACGGCCAGGAUUCAUGGUCCCUCAUCAGCACGGUGCAUGAUCGUCUCCAGAACCCGAUCCCGCCGAACGCCAGCUAUUUGGGCGCCCUGGCGCUCCCCAGCAACGCCGCGAUCUCGGAGGUCGACGAUUCCGCUUCAGAGCCCGCGAACCCGCUCGGCGGCUUCUCGCCGGAGCUAAGGACCGGGGAGUUCGCCUUCUCGGCAUUCCCGCGGCCGGUUCCACUGGCGUUACCGGCGCCGGGAAGCUCCGAGGGAGCUGCGGCGGGGAAGGCGGUGACGACGUCGGCGGCGCCGGUCGGGUCGUGCCAGAGGACGUCGGUCUACCGAGGGGUGACCAGGCACAGGUGGACGGGCCGGUUUGAGGCCCACUUAUGGGACAACACGUGCCGGCGAGAGGGGCAGAAGCGGAAGGGCAGGCAAGUGUACUUGGGUGGAUAUGACGAUGAAGAAAAGGCGGCAAGGGCCUAUGAUCUUGCGGCUUUGAGAUAUUGGGGUCCUACUGCCACUACAAACUUUCCGAUAAAAAUUUACGGCAGGGAAAUUGAGGAGAUGAAGGCCAUGUCCAAGCAAGAGUUUAUUGCAUCUCUAAGAAGAAAGAGCAGUGGUUUUUCGAGGGGAGCAUCUGUCUACAGAGGAGUGACAAGGCAUCACCAACAUGGGCGUUGGCAAGCAAGGAUAGGCCGUGUUGCAGGCAACAAAGAUCUCUACCUAGGAACAUUUUCCACGGAAGAAGAAGCUGCUGAGGCCUAUGAUGUUGCUGCAAUCAAGUUCAGAGGUGCCAGUGCUGUCACCAACUUUGAGCUUGGUCGAUAUGAUGUGGAAGCUAUUGCAAACACAGAUCUACCCAUUGGAGCAUCUGCAGGACGGAUCAAGCAAUCUCUUCAAGCCAGCAACAACCAGCUCACUCUUAGCAGGUCAUGGAUCUCACAGCAGCCAACUCUCAUUCCCUCUUCUGUCCUUCACAACCCCUUGCAGCUUCCUACUAGUUCUGGACCUUCCGGCCCUCUGACUUGCUCCAGUUUGGCGCCCACUGAGCCAGAUGUAUGCAGGCAGAGUCUGUGCUGGCUUGCUGCUCAUGAUCAAAAUAGCAACCAUAGCAAUCCACCAAUUGGGAGUGGUAUUCUCCAGCUGACACACCCUGCUCCUUCCCAGUAGUCUUUAACUCUUGAAUGUAGGUUGCUUGUGUGACCUUCAUGGAGCUCAUAUUUUGACCCGAGAGUGGCUGAGAUGCUAAAUUUUUGUGUGAAACUAAUGUCGACUUCCAUAGAUCACAGAAUUCUCUUCAGUAGAUGUUACUUUCUGUGUAUGUGCUGGCACCCUUCUAAUGGAAAAUUCUGAGUCUCCGACUUCAUAGAUCA